AUGGCCCUUUGCUCGCGAUUGGCACGUCGCGCACCUGCUCUCACCAGCCAAUACCGCUCCGUUGCACCUUCUGCAUCGUGCCGAACCUUCACAUCUCGCACUGCAAGGUCAUUAACGUCCUUUCGCGCGACGCGUGACUCACCUGCAGCUUUCCGACAACAGCUGCGUGCUUUCUCAAAGGUUUCUACAACAUGGAACCAGACACAACAAGCACCUAAUGCGCAAGCAUAUCUCAACAGCGGCGCGAUCGCUGGUGCGCAAAACCUGGUCGACGUGAAGAAGGUCCUGGUCAUCGGCAGUGGUGGUCUCAGCAUUGGUCAAGCUGGAGAGUUCGACUAUUCUGGGUCACAAGCGCUCAAAGCUUUGAAAGAAGCUGGCGUCAAGUCGGUCCUCCUGAACCCCAAUAUUGCAACCAUCCAGACCUCGCACGUGCUCGCCGAUGAAAUCUACUACCUGCCUGUGACUCCCGAAUACGCCGAAUAUGUGAUCCAGAAGGAGAAGCCAGACGGCAUCUUUCUUAGCUUCGGUGGCCAGACUGCGCUCAAUUUGGGCGUGCAGAUGAACAAGAAGGGCCUUUUUGAGAAGUACGGCGUCAAAGUGCUCGGAACCAGCGUCAAGACUCUGGAAACAAGUGAAGAUCGUGACCUGUUCGCACGAGCCCUCGACGAAAUCGACAUCCCGAUCGCGAAAUCGAUCGCUGUCUCUUCCAUCGAUGAGGCACUGGACGCUGCGGAGAAGGUCGGAUACCCCAUCAUCGUCCGCGCUGCGUAUGCGCUCGGUGGUCUUGGUUCAGGUUUUGCCAACAACGCAGAUGAGCUGAGGGACUUGUCCGCACGAUCGCUCACCCUGUCCCCUCAGAUUUUGGUGGAGAAGUCAUUGAAGGGAUGGAAAGAGGCCGAGUACGAGGUUGUGCGCGAUGCUAGCGACAACUGCAUCACGGUCUGCAACAUGGAGAACUUUGACCCGCUUGGUGUUCACACUGGUGACAGUAUCGUCGUCUCGCCUAGUCAGACGUUCAGCGACGAGGAGUACCACAUGCUUCGAUCUGCCGCGAUCAAGAUCGUACGCCACUUGGGAGUUGUUGGCGAGUGCAACGUUCAGUACGCUCUCCAGCCCGAUGGUCUUGACUACAGGGUCAUCGAAGUCAACGCUCGUCUGUCUCGUUCCUCUGCUCUGGCCUCAAAGGCGACCGGAUACCCACUAGCAUACACUGCGGCCAAGAUCGGUCUCGGACACACUCUUCCUGAGCUACCAAACGCCGUCACAAAGACCACGACCGCAAACUUCGAGCCUUCUCUGGAUUACGUUGUCACAAAGAUGCCUCGAUGGGAUCUCGCAAAGUUCCAGAACGUCAAGCGUGACAUUGGCAGUUCCAUGAAGUCAGUCGGUGAGGUCAUGGCCAUCGGUCGUACCUUUGAAGAGUCCUUCCAGAAGGCUUGCCGACAGGUCGACCCCAAGUUCCUUGGUUUCCAGGCCGAGAAGUAUGGAGAGAGCCUCGACGAGGAGCUCAAGAACCCCACCGACCGCCGAUGGCUCGCCGUGGGCCAGGCUAUGUACCACGAGGGCUACACCGUCGAUCAGAUCCACGACCUUACCAAGAUUGACAAGUGGUUCUUGCACAAGCUCCAGAACAUUGUCGACUGCACACAUGAGUUGGAGGAGAUUGGCAGCCUCUUUGGCCUGAAGAAGGAGAUCAUCCUCAAGGCCAAGAAGCUUGGUUUUUCUGACAAACAGAUCGCCAAGGCUGUUAACAGCAGUGAAGAUGAGGUUCGCGCCCGCAGGAAGAGCUUUGGCAUCAGGCCUUGGGUUAAGAAGAUCGAUACUCUGGCUGCAGAAUUCCCCGCUGACGGUGUCUACCGUAUCGGUAGCUCUGUCGAGUUCGAUUGGUGUGCUGUGAACGCUACCAUGUCUCUCAACAAGCUCGGCAAGAAGACCGUUAUGAUCAACCUCUACUUCGAAGAGCUAAGCUACGAGCGUGUCAUGGAUAUCUACGAGCUAGAGACCGCCAGCGGUGUUGUAGUCUCUGUUGGUGGUCAACUGCCUCAAAACAUUGCCCUCAAGCUGCAGAAUAGCGGAAAGGCAAAGAAGACAUCGACUAAGGCCGAGGACCGCCACAAGUUCUCGUCCAUCCUUGACUCCAUUGGUGUAGACCAGCCAGCAUGGAAGGAGCUUACCUCGUACGAAGAUGCGAAGAAGUUCGCAGAGUCCGUCGGAUACCCCGUACUUGUCCGCCCAUCGUACGUUCUUUCCGGAGCCGCCAUGACCGUUAUCCGAAGCGAGGAUGAGCUCCAGGAAAAGCUGCUUGCUGCUUCUUCAGUCUCGCCAGACCAUCCCGUUGUCAUCACCCAGUACAUUGAUGGCGCCCAAGAGAUAGACUGCGACGCCGUGGCCUCAGACGGAAAGGUUCUUGUGCACGCCGUCAGUGAGCACAUUGAGAAUGCUGGUGUCCACUCUGGUGAUGCCACUCUUGUCCUUCCCCCUGUCAACCUCGACAAGCGCAUCCAGGGGCGCGUCAAGGAGAUCGCCGACAAGGUCGCCAAAGCAUGGAACAUCACCGGUCCCUUUAACAUGCAGAUCAUCAAGGAGGAGGUUGAGGGUUCUGAGCCCAACCUCAAGGUUAUCGAGUGCAACCUCCGCGCCUCCCGUUCGUUCCCGUUCGUUAGCAAGGUUCUCGGUACCAACUUCAUUGACGUUGCCACCAAGGCUCUUGUUGGCCGUGAGGUCCCUGAGCCCACUGACCUCAUGGCUGUCGAGAGGAACUACCUCGCCACCAAGGUUCCACAAUUCUCCUGGACUAGGUUGGCUGGUGCCGAUCCUUACCUCGGUGUCGAGAUGUCUUCCACUGGAGAGAUGGCUUGCUUCGGUAAGGAUCUCGUAGAGGCAUACUGGGCAUCUGCUCAAUCGCAAAUGAACUUCCGCCUUCCUCAGCCAGGAGAGGGUCUCCUCUUCGGCGGUGACGUUACGGACAAUGCACUACACGCCAAUUCCCUCAUCCAGAUCGCCAAAUACGUCAACCCGCUCGGUUACAAGUUCCUCGCAGCCAACAAGAAUGUCAAGGCGCUGCUCGAGAAGAAUGCGGAGGGUGUGAGUGUUGAAGUUAUCGAGUUCCCCAAGGACGACAAGAGGAAGCUGCGUGAGGUGUUCGAGAAGUACGACAUCCGUGGCUGCUUCAACCUUGCCAAGUUCAGGGCCAACGGUCUGCUUGACGAGGACUACGUUAUGAGGAGGAACGCGGUCGACUUUGGCGUGCCGCUGUUCAUGGAGCCUAAGACCGCCGUCCUCUUCGCGCAAUGUAUGAGCGAGAAGCUGCCCAAGAAGGAGGGCAUCCCAAGCGAGGUCAGGUCGUGGAGCGACUUCGUCGGUGGACGUCCUUUGUAA